UAUCUGAGGAAUUCCAAAACGGUGAAGGCUUUGGGUAUAUCGUUGCAUUUCGUGCCAACGGAACUAGAGGAUGGAAGGAGAGGAUGGUGACUUCAGCCGACUCUACAACGUACAAAUAUAGAGAUGAGACCUUCCCUCCCCUUACCCCAUUUGAAGUGAAGGUCGGAGUUUACAACAAUAAGGGAGAUGGGCCGUUCAGCAAAGAGGUCAUCAUCCGUUCCGCAGAGGGGGAGCCAAGGGAAGCACCAUCUGAUGUGAAAGCUUACAGCUUUUCUUCAUCGGAAAUUAGGGUCACGUGGAAACCGCCCAAUCCUGGCCCAGGAAGACCAAGAGGAUAUGAGCUCAGCUACUGGAAAGAUAUGGAGCAGGAGGACUUGGGGAAAAAACAAAGAACUUUGAAAAACGAGACCUCCAUGGUCUUGACAGGACUAGAGGGCAACAGUCUGUAUCUCAUCACGGUAAAAGCCUUCAACAGCAUCGGCGAGGGUCCUGCCACCGCUGCUGUCACUGUCAACACCAGGAGAGCCCCUCCUGCUCAAUCUCCAACCAACCUCAUGUGGAUUCAAGAGGGCAACAACGUGACUUUAAACUGGGAUCCAGUGAAGGCAAAGGACAAUGAAUCUGAUGUCAUCGGUUACAUGGUGUUACUUAAACAGGAGGGCAAAGGCCACAACCAGGUGACCAGAACCAUCAACCCUUCCACCAUGCUCUCACUGCCCGAGGGAGGGACCUAUAUCAUUGAGGUGCGCGCCCUCAGCGAAGGAGGAGAGGGGGCGGUCAGCUCCCAAGUUCGAAUAGUCACCUCAUCCGGUGUUCGAGCAAAAAGCAACCAGUGCUCGGUGCACUGCAUGCCACAGAGCCUAACAUGGACAGCCCUGCUCCUGGUUCUUCUGGUGCCUUUAGCUUCCUGGUGAGGCCACUGUGCCAAACUCAUGUUCAUGGAGGGAGCCACCAGUCCUCUGCUCCCUGGUUCCCUCUGACUGCCUGCUCGCUUUGGCCUUACCCAUCCCACAGGGCCCGAGGCCUGCCAAAGGGGGUUGAGUCUGCCAGUCAUCAUACAGCUCUCCAGAGUUGAACCUUUUUAAGUUUCCUGUUUCUUCUGAGGCCCUGGACAUUUAAUUUGCACAGUUCUUUCCAGCAUCACAAUGCUGUUGUACUGUAGUCAGUGUGUGGAAAGAUGUGUUCAAUCCUUUACUUUGACAUCAUGUGUUCCUCUCAUUGAAUGGCAUCUAACCAAUUCCAGACGGCUCCUACAGAUCUGGGGCUCUACAGAGCAUGAACAAUUCCUCGAAAGCUGCUGUGGUAGUAAUACAGGGAUCAGCCGGCCUGUUUCUUUUCAUUACUUAUUUGCAUCAAUUUAUCCCUUGGCUGCCUAACAAGCAAUGCAGCAGAAGCUCAGUAGAGAUAAGUGCAUUGUUUUCUUAUUCACUCAUUGAGGAGGAAAGAACGUUUUUUAUGGAACCAAGAAUCUUACUAUUUCGAGACUUGCUUUUGUACAUUGUGUUACCUUUAGAGAAAAACACAGUGGUAUGUGUCAGCUAUGUCAACUCUGUUUUUUGGUAGUGAUAAAGCAAUGCUUGGUGAUACAGUUGGAUGUAUGGAGUUAGGAAACAGGUUCAUACCUGUAGUGCUUGAACACAUCAAAAGAGAAAGACAACUCUGUACGGACUCUUGGUGUCAGUACAAAUAAAUGUGAUGUAUAUUUUUUAAA